GCAAUCAAUUAUCACAUCAUCAUUGUAAUUAGGUGCUCAUCAUCAUCAUCGUCGUCGUCUUCGUCACCUUAAAACCCACCACAAAUCCCACACCCUCAUAGGAGCUUUUAAUUAUUUCCGCCUAUCUUUACCUUUCAGAUUCUCUUCCUCCCCCUACAAAAUCUUCACGUUGUUCUCUAUACAACAGUGAGCCUUCCUCCUCUUCCUCUCCUCUUUCUCUGAUCUCGCACUGGAAUUGUAUCAACAUAAAACUCACUUUCGGUAUGAGAAGGAGUCAUCUUUGAAGGAGGAGAGGAGGCGAGGAAGAACAGGGACCCUUUCUAUAGAAUAAAGCUCUCACAGUUCCCUUAUCUGCAUCUCUUUCUCCUCUCUCUCUCUCUCUCUUAGUGAGCAAUGAGUCCAAGCUAUGACUGUGCUUCCUCCGGCCUCCUCUGCGCCGAGGACAACGACAGCAUUCUGGGCUUUGGUGAUGAGGAGCAGCAGCGUGAGGAUAGGCCUAGUCGUGUUUCUGAACCAGAAAGGUGUGAUUUUUAUGUGGAUUUCCCCCUGCAGUCGGAUGACUGCUUGAGUUUGCUGGUCGAGAGAGAAAAGAAGCAUCUGCCGAGGGAGGACUAUGGCGAGAGGCUGCGUUCGGGGGAUUUAGACCUGUCCUUCAGGCGGGACGCCAUUGAUUGGAUGUGGCAGGUUCAUGCCCAUUACAAUUUUGGACCAUUAACUGCCUAUGUAUCUGUCAAUUACUUGGAUCGGUUCCUCUCUGCCUAUGAGCUUCCACAAGGCAAGGCUUGGAUGACGCAGCUACUGGCUGUGGCCUGUCUCUCUUUGGCGGCCAAGAUGGAGGAAACUGAUGUUCCUCUGUUCAUGGAUUUACAGGUUGGUGAGGCAAAGUAUGUCUUUGAAGCUAAGACUAUUCAGAGGAUGGAGCUUCUGGUGCUGAGCACCCUCAGAUGGAAGAUGCAAGCUGUGACUCCUUUCUCUUACAUAGAUUUCUUCCUUCACAAGUUCAGUGAUGGCAAUUCACCAACCAAGCUAUCGGUCUCUCGAUCUGCAGAACUCAUCUCGAGCACGGUUAAAGAUACUGAUUUCCUAGCAUUCAGACCUUCUGUAAUUGCUGCAGCCAUUGCAUUGUUGGUUUUGAGAGAAACCCAAAUGGUGGAUGUUGAAAAGAAGUUGUCUUGUUGCACUCAUGUAAUGAAGGACGAUGUCUUAGGAUGUCAUGAAGUGCUUCAAAACAAAGUUUUAAUUAGGCAGCAGUCAAUUGAAGAUGUCAGCUCAUCAGUGUCCUCUGUGCCACAAAGCCCGCUAGGGGUGUUGGAUGUUGCUUGCCUGAGCUACAAGAGUGAUGAUGCAAGUCUUCAGACCUCUCCAGCUUGCAAGAAGAGGAAAGUAAGCAGAUGACAUUGCCAUGAAGGAGUUCUUGUGUGUGCUCCUUUCUCCCAGUGAGGUUUAGGCUUUCUCUCAAGCAACCAUUUUGGUUUGGUCAAGGAGGAUUUUUUGUGUGUUGUGGAGUUCUUCCAAAAAAACAAAAAAUGACCUGAGAAAAAGGAAUAAAUGCAAGCAAGCAAUCAGUUGCUCUUGCAAUAGAUGUGAUGGAGCAGCCACCAUCUUCUAAAUCAUGAAAAUUCUAAGAGAGAAACGAGGGGAGAUGGACAAUCUCUUUGGAGAAAGAUCCUGCCGGAGAGAAUAAAGUGCAGAAACCAGGAAACAAGCUCCUUUAAGGAUCAAAAGUGACCACUCAGACAAAAGGAAAAGAAGAAGAAAAAGAAUAGAAAGUUAGAGAAAAGGAGAAGUGAAUUUUCUCAAAAAAGGUUCAAUACCUACUCACAAAAUUGUUUGUUGUGUCUGUAAUGUCUGCCAUCAUACUACCAUAUCACUGACUGGUGUAAGCUUAGAUCCUGGAAUUAGCCUACUCCAUGGCAUAAAAGAAGAGCUUCUGUCAGUAGAAAUCUUGGGAAGACAACAUAUAAAACCCCCAAAAGAACACAAGAAUCCAGUCCUUUUGAGAUGGGUGUGGGGGGGUGUGGGUGGACCUUAUUUAAGACCAUUGCUGUGUUUCCAAAAGGAUAAAGGAAGAAUUAUUCUCUGCAGUCUUGUUUGCCUCCUCUUGUCUCUCCCUUUGUGAAGAAACCUUUUCCUAGUGCUGAUCAAGUACACCCUGAGAUCCAAUCUAUCAAUGGCCAUCAAACAUCAAAUUGUGCAUAUGGUGUUGCAAGCCAUUUUGGAUUUGAUAUGUGCAUACAUGUGGAUUGGUUUUCUCUAAUCCAAGUUCAUAUUAAAACAAAGGAUGAGCACUCAGUGGAGAUCCACUUCACCUCAAGAGUCAUGUUCAUAUAUGUGCACUUACAUGAGAGGCAUGGAAGCUCAUACAGUAUGUUAUGUUCACUGUCAAUCACUUUAUUUGUGUCCAUGCAUGUUGAAUACAUUACA